ACACGUUGCGCACCGAUUCGGCGCGGAGGCAUGGAGAGCGAUCUCGAGAAGGUCCUGCGGCUCAUGCUGGUGCAUCAAGAGCAGUUCCAUUCGAAGACAGUCGUACCCGUGUCCGGCGUGUCAACCAACCAAGUUCCCGACAUUGAUGAAGACCCGGCAAGAUGUCUCACAGUGUUGCGGAAGGCGCGCAAGAUGCUGCCCAAGGUCAUGAAGGAAAUCUCGACGUCUGCGCCGAAUCCAAAGGUGUUAGACACCUUGUGCACAUUGCUGUCUUUGUUUGUCAGCAGCGACGUGUGUCCGUUUUCCCCAUCCGUGUUCAGCUCGAACGCUGGUGUGAUCUUAUUUUACAUGGUUCGGUUCCUUGCCACGCCCGAGUAUUCGGCGCUGCACCAAAAGGUGUUUGACGUGUGCACGACACUUGCACUGCUCUUGCUGGAAAGCGACUUCAACGGAUACGUCCACAUCUACACCGAUCUCAUCGAUUUGCUCGCGGAUCUACUUACGCUGGAAUCGUACACCUCGUGGCGCCCAGGCGACGUGAUGACCGUGCAUUGCUUCCUCGUAGCAGGUGCCCACUUGGGCCGCGACACGACCCAUAUGAAGAAUGGACUGCGUGUGUGCUGCCAGCGGGAGAACGCAGACCCGAACCACGCACAACUUGUCUUCGACAUGGGCAAGAAGACUGUUCCUCCGUUGACCUUCGCCUCGAUCGCGACGACUCGGCUCUUUAGCGUAUGGAUGUGGCGGUUCCUUGAAAAAAAUGUUGGGUACUCAGCGGCACUCCUUUCCCACCAUCCUUGUAUGGCCCAGCUCUACGUCGUGCUGGGCUCGCUGCUCGAGAUGGCGACUACGCCAGUCGACGCAGCGGCCAUGGACCUCAUGGAGUGCCUACUCACCGAGAUCCAUUGGACUGAUUCGAUUGUCCACUUGUGCACGGCAUUUUACGCCUACGCGAGUCGACUGCACCAAACCGACGUCACAACGGUCCGCUUGGUGAAGUGCCUGUCGACAUCGGUUAUAUCCACGUCAAAGGUGGUGUCGUCAGCGCUAUGGCUGCCAUUUAAAGCAUUUGCCACGUCGAAGCGAGCAGACCCGUCAUGGGUUGGAGCGAUCUGUAGCACGUUGCGAAUAUUUCUCACAAACCCAGAAAGCCACGGUCGUUCGGUGGCACUUCUCGUCGAGGUCGUCGCCCACACGGACCUGUCUCAAUCAACUAUUCAGCAAGAGGUGGCCGAAACCAUCCAUUGCGCUUUGAGGUCGCACACGGCGGACGUGUGGACUCACGCGCAUGUCAUGAUAUCCCAAUUUCAUUCCGAGUACGUCGCCAACUCGUCCAACACGAAGCGCCAAAAGGUGACGCCCGAGUAUUCCCCGUUGUCGACCGCCAUUUGCUUCAAUCAGUACGCUCAAGUGACACUGGCGGCGCCUCCGGUCGAUGCAUUCAAAGUUCUGGUGGGUCUGGUGCUGGCUCUGACGUAUGACAACUCCGUUGCAGUCGUUGGUCUGUCGGUGUUGCUGCCAUUGCGGACACCGCCAACGACCAAGCGUAUGCAUGCCGAGGUCGAAGUUUGUCGGAUGGUACUGGAUCGAGUCCGCCACUUGCUCGGAGCGCCACGACCCGGUGACUCGACGUUGUCGCUUGUCACACUUGCGCUAUGGUACGCGACGGACGACGAGUUGCGAGGGUUGUCCAUUUUGCCAACGCUGACGAAAUUCCAAACGUUCAUCUCCGACACCGGUGUACAGGACCACGUCUUCUUGUAUGGCAGCACAACGAUGCAGCCGGUCGCGAUCGAGAACCGCUUCGAGCAGUUUCUCGUGGUGCUGUGCUGGAUUUACAACCGGCAUGCCCCGCUGGCCUUGCGCGAUUCCAAGUGGAACUCGGCACUGUCGGGGCGAGUGUUCUUGGAGAAUAUCACGAAUCAACAUCCUGCCGCGGUGACGUUGGCACCGUUCUGGUUGUAUGUCGUCGUGCAGUCUGGUGCAGCGAGUGCGGUUGAAGUCUGGACCACCUUGCUGGAUUCGCUCACGCCACUAGCAACGUCGCUCCGCCCACGCGUCGCGCAGGCAGCAAUCGCGACGUUUUCCAAGUUGUGCUGCACAGUCUCGGACCUGUCGAUCCCUCUCACGUCCACCCAGCAUGAAACAACUCGGCUAUUUCAAAGCAAAUGCGGACCGUUCGUCGCGUGUGCGUGCUCUCAACCCCGCCGAGUCCAAGUCGUACUUCGAGGAGCUCAAGAAGUGCUUGCAAUGCUGGAAAAGGCAUUGUCCGAUGCAACAGUGGCCCAGCAAGCUCUUUUGACUAUGGCAGCAUUCAUGAAACACAUGCCCAAGUCGAAUGUGCCGCCUGCAGUAGUGUGGCGCUUUUUGGAUGCCUUAGGCCACUCGGACCCUGCGUGCCGCAGUGUGGUCGAGACGAACAUUGGCAUCACGGCUACGUUGAUGGCUACGUUUGAAAACGUCGACGCGACGGCUAGCCAACUCUUUGACGUGUUCGACGGCCACCUCCGCAAGAAUCCGCAUCUGGCGCGCACGAUAACCCGCGCGACGGCCACGUUAGGGGCGAGCUGCGACUUGGAAGUCAAGGCUGAAGGCGAUCUCUUCUUCGCGCUGCUGUUUCGCCUUCUAGCUUUGUGGAAGGUCUCGACGAACAAGAUCCAUGAGGCGCACGAACUCAAUCGCAUGGUAACAAGUUGCCAUCUGACAUGGAAGCAGCUCUUCGUGCAGCAUCCAGACCGCAUCCACGAGCCGCUGGUGCAUCUUCUGCUCCAACCUGGGAACGGCAGUGCUUUGUCCGAUUUUUUAGCGACCUUUCUCGGCGCAGACGUCACGUUGGCCAUCUUUCUCAAGGAGAACGCGGCGCACAUCCUGCCCCACUUGAUUGUGGCCAAGAACUUGCCGCUGCUGCAGACGGUGGCGACGUUCCAUGGCGGCGGUGCAACUGUGUCGUCGCUUGUCGGCGAAAACAUUCUGGCCAUUGUCAAGGAGAUGCUCAUGCAAAAGGUCACGUCGUUCAACAACGUGGCGGAGUGGGAUUUCUUCUUUGGAUUUAUCCCGAAUGACGUUGGGAUUCGCGAUGUGAUCCAGCACAAACCGCUGACGAUCAUCUACGCCUUGGCGUGGGAGCUCGCCGGGGACCGCCCCAGAGUCGCCAAGAAGUCGUUCAUCGAAGUGUGUAAGCAGUUCUUGGACGACGAGGACAACGGCAACUCGUCGAACAAGUUUCACAUUUCGCAGCAGUUCUUCCUCGCCGUCAUGACGUUCCUCGGACAAAAGCUGCUGUCGAAGAACGUCCGCCACAGCAUCCGCGCGAUUCAGUGCACGGAGGUGCUGCUGUCUCUAUUUGACAGCUCUGGCGACCUAGAUAACUUUGUUCCCAAGAUCAUGGCCACAUUAAAGCUGGCGUCCCAAGAAGCGAACGAAGAGAAGAUUCUGGCAGCGUGUCGCGCGUGGCGGACGUUUGUGCGGCUGCUGUCGGCGGACGCCAUCAAGGCGAACGUACUAUCAAUUGUCGUGAGUUUAUUGCCGUGCAUCGGACCUUUAGCUGGACUGUUCCAGCAGCACGUAGCUCAAGACGGAGGCAGACCUCACGCAGAUGAUUUCACGGAGGCCCAGCAGGUCGCGCUUGAAGUGCUGCGCUCGAUCUUUACCCACGAAACGAUCCACAACGACCCGUCCGUGGCAUUCCUUCUUGCGCUGACGCCGUCCGUCGCGGUGGAAUCGCCCAUCAAGAUCAGGCACCUUCCGAUUCACGAAGUCCUCCAACUCUUGAUCCCGCUAUUGCAGCACUGGGACGGCGCCGUGCGGGAAGUAGGGCUCCUUCAUUUGAUCCACGUGCUCAACAACCGCUGUCGCGAAGUGCUUGAUCUCAUCUUGUCGCUCGAAGAAGGGCUGGUACACUCGUGCAUCAUGGGAGUCCUCAAAGAGCUCCUGCACUUAAGUCGUUUGGAAACACAUGACGCCAUGCAAAUCCUCGUCGCCCAAGCGUUGGGGGCGUUGGGGGCAAUCGACAUGGCGCGGAUCACCCCGCAAGCGCUGCGCCCUGACACCACAAACGAACUGAGCACGAAGAACUUGGCAUGCCACUUGAUCCAAACCCUCCUGGUCAAAGAACUGCGCGCGGCACCCCAUAACACCGACGUGAUCGCGUUGUCGAUCCAGCAGCUGCUUCAGUUUCUCGCACAAUUGAACGCGCCAGACUCCAACAGCACAGCGCCGUCCGCCCCGUCUAGUUCGGCGGGGUUUGUGCAAUCGACAUCGACCAUGCCGGAAUGGAUGCAGCGCCAGUUUCAAAGCAAAGGAGUCGACAAGAUCAUUGCCCCGUACUGGUCCACCAAAUACCAAGCGCCAAACUUCAAACCGACGACGAUGCCGGCGUCGUCGACGUUCUACGAAGCGCUCGGGUCGGUGGCAUUUGACCAGUGGCUCGUGUCGUGGUGCAAGUACUUGAUCGACCACUCGACCUUUCCCGAGCGCCACAUUUUCCUCGCAUGCCGUCGAGCGUUGACAAUAUCGCUCGAAAUGGCACGGUUCCUCCUGCCGUACUUGGUCCAAAACGUCCUGAAGCAAACGUCGUCGUACAACAUGGUAAAACAGGAGAUUCUCAGCGUGCUGCAAGAAGACAGCUUGGACAUGAUGAGCGACGCGGUGUCGAGCCACCACCACCAGUGCGCGCAAACGGUGUUUUCGAUGCUGGACGAACUGAACGACUGGGUGUGGGCGAGCCAGCGCAAGAAAAUCGCGAUGAGCCAGCAGCCACACAUGGCCAAGCACAUUGACGAAAUGUUUGACCAAGAGAAGGAAGUUGUGGAGGAGUUUCUGAAAGACAUUCCACUGCUUCUGCUGUCGUCCGCCGCGUUCAAGAUCAAAGCGUAUGCCCGCGCGAUCCAGUAUUUUGAAAGCCACUUGCGCCAACAAGGCGGCGCCGCCGGUGUCCACAUGACGUCGUCCGAUAUCACCAAGAUGCAGAAGAUGUAUGGUAGUCUCGACGAACCCGACGCCCUCCUCGGGCUCGCCAUUCAACGGCGAUGGCUGCACCCACAACCGACCGGGUCAUUCCAGGAGCUUCAGCACUUGAUUGCAGAACACAAACACUUGGCGCGAUGGGAAGACGCCCUGGCGUGCUACGAGCAAGCAAUACACCACAUGCACGGAUCGGACGUCGAAGUCGAUAUCCGCAGCGAGUUGUACUCGGGGGUGAUCCAGUGUAUGAUUCAACUCGGGCGGUUGGAAGGGGCGCUGCAACACGUUCGCGGCAUUGUGAACCAGUACCCAGAAGUGAUCCCGGCGGUGUACCCCUGCGCGCUCGAGUGCGCGUGGCGCCUCUCGCGGUGGGAUCUCCUCGCCGAACUCACGACGGACGCGAUGAAAGUCAAGCUCGACAACGAAGACAUGAUGGGAAUGAAGUUUGCCAAGGCGAUUCUGUGUUUUCACCAAGACAAGAACAACAUGCACGUGCAAGUGCGCGAAGCGCGGGCAGCGAUCAUGGGACCGUUGGCGGCCGCUUCGCAAGAGUCAUAUCAACGCGUGUACCCUCUUCUGAACCAGCUGCAUUUCUUGCACGAGUUGGAGCAAGGAUUCGUUGUCGCCACCACUUCCUCCAAUUCCACGUCGUCCAAGAGAACCGACGCAUGGAAUGCUCAGUGUCCGUGGACCCGGCGAGAUGCUAUGAUGGCGCCCGCGCUCAAGUUCCAGGAGCCAAUUCUGGCCCUGCGACGAGUCAUGAUGCACGAUCUGCAGCUCGAUGGAGACCUUGUGUCGGCCAACUGGCUGCGGUAUGCGAAAAUGGCGCGAAAAGAAGGUCUCGUCCGGACCGCGGAAAGCGCCAUGAUGCACGCCCAGGCGCUGGGAAGUCGUACCGCCAUCAUCGAACAAGCCAAGCUACUGGUCGAACGAGGCAAAAUGUACGAAGCGCUGCACGUGUUGGAACCGAUUCCGAUUGACGUGUCGACAUUGGAGCAUCGGACGGCGGACAACCACUUUCACGCCAAGACGUUGCUUCUGGCCACGAACUACAUGCAACAGUCUAGCCAAAAGCAAGGCCAGCACGUCAUUGACCGGUACAAAGCCGUGAUUGCGUUCGACAAAGACUACGCCAAGGGGUACUUUUGCCUUGCCAAGUACUACGAAGUCCUCCUCGAGAGCGAUCGACGGGAAAUCCAAGACAGCACGGACCCUUAUGCUUACUUGCCGCACGUCCUGCACAACUAUGUGCUGAGUUUGAAAGGGACGGACAAAUAUUUAUUCCAGUCCCUUCCGCGGCUGCUCACCCUUUGGUACGAGUUUGGCGAGAUUUUGCAAGCCAGCUCGAAACGCAGCUACCGCCUCGACAUUCAAGACAACGACGGGGAUCGCUUGAUGCAGGACAUUUCAAAGAUUAUCUUGGAUGCGCUCCACAGUUUGCCCGAAAGCAUGUGGCUCGUGUGCUUUCCCCAAGUUACGUCUCGAAUCUGCCACCCCAACGUGGCGGUUGUCGACGGCGUCAAAGCAAUCAUGGUCAAGGUCUUGAUGACGUUUCCACAGCGUGCGAUGUGGUACGUCCUAGGGCUGGCGCAGUCGCUCAACACGCAGCGCAAGACGCGGGCGAUUGAGAUCCUCAAAGUCGCGCAGAAGCAACUGACCAAUUCCAACCAAGUCGGCAUGGCCAACGCGCUCAGCGAAGGCAUGCGCCUCGUGGAAGAACUGAUCAAACUCGCCGAGUUCGACCCUGGCAACCAAAAGAAGAUGCCGAUUCGACUCACGCGGGUACGUGCCAAGGUGCUGCUACCGAUUCAGAACAUCAUCCAUCGUCGAGACCUCCCCGAGAGUGACGUGUACAUCAAGUCGUUUGGCGACAAGGCCGACGUGAUGCUGACGAAAGAAAAGCCGAAACGCAUCCAGAUCCAAGGCACGGAUGGCAAGACGUACUCGUUUUUGUGCAAGCGGGAAAAACACGGCGACCUGCGCAAGGACGCGCGGAUGAUGGAGUUCAACGCGCUCAUGAACAAGUUGCUCCAGCGCGAAACAAACGGCCGCAAGCGCAAGCUGCGCCUUCGCACGUACGCUGUCAUUUGCUUGAACGAAGAGAGCGGGCUCAUGGAGUGGGUUCCCAAUACCCGCGCGAUGCGGCACUUGAUUUCUCAAAUCUACAAAACGGAACAAGGGUUCCUCCAGCCCGUGCGCCUCACGACGGAGCUCAAGGACACCUUUCUCAACAUGCAGAAACAAUACGCGCACGACGUGCCAAAGAUGACCGUGUUUUACAAAUCCAAAAUCCUGACGCACCCCGCGUUCACGCCGCGCUUCCACCAGUGGUUCCUCAACAACUUUAGCGACCCCACGGCAUGGUAUGAAGCCAGAAAUAUAUUCGUCCGAUCCGCGGCGGUGUGGUCGAUGGUUGGCCACAUCGUCGGGCUCGGAGAUCGCCAUGGGGAGAAUAUCCUGAUCGACUGCACGACGGGCGAAUGCGUUCAUGUGGACUUUGAUUGCCUCUUUGACAAGGGCUUGAAGUUGGCGCGCCCGGAAAUUGUCCCGUUCCGGCUCACCCCCAACAUGAUCGAUGCGUUUGGGUUGACCGGCGUCGAGGGCGUGUAUCGACAUACGUGCGAAGUGACGCUGACGCUGCUGCGAGCCAAUCGUGAGACUCUGCGCAGCAUCCUCGAGUCGUUCGUGCAUGAUCCGCUCGUCGAGUGGGGUCGCAGCAAAAACAAGCAGGUCGUGGCGUCGGCGCUCAAGCCCAUCGCUGCCAACAACGAACAAGUUAACAGCGAGGCCAAGAUCAUGCUCAAAACGAUCGACGAACGGCUGCGGGGCAUGUGGAACCUCGGCAAGAAGCAGCAGCACGAAACGUUGCCGCUGAGCGUGAAAGGACAAGUCGACCGCCUCAUCGCGGAAGCCACGUCCAACGAAAACUUGGCCCAAAUGUACAUUGGGUGGAUGCCAUUUCUUUAAACAGCUCUCAGUCUUUCCAUUUCCCAAUGGCUGGUUUGUACAAGAGUCAAAAGCUUCGUAGCAUCCUAGCAUGAUUUCCAACUUCUGCUUGCCAUCAGGGGACCCUCAAAAGAAGGAGGACGUUUGCUAGUUCGCCCAGCCUCGAUUAACAUGAAUUAAAAACUAGCCAGCCCACUGCGGCUUCCACCACAACGGGGAGCUGCAGUGGCUGCACUUGCUCUUGAGCUCA